AUGGCUGUUUUCAUCCACCUCGCCUCGCGCCUCCUCAUCGCAGGGCUGUUCUACAGCCAACAAGGAAGUGGGUUUAGUCCCCCGCGGGUGCCCGGUGCAGAGAGCCGUGGUCCUGGUGGGACAGCCGAUGCGGCUUCGUACAAGAGGCGGCCUGAGUCUACUGCAGUCCUGAGCGGACAGACCGUCAACCUCCGGUGUGCGUUCAGCGGGCUGAGUAGCGGGGACACCGUGGUGUGGCAGGGGCCACCAAACGACGUGGUCAUCUCCACCGGACACGCCGUGUUCCAGUCCUACCGACAGCGGCACCGGAUUGUCGGGGACAGCUCUAACGGAGAGUACAACCUGCAGAUCUCCCGGCUGAAGCUGGAGGAUAGCGGAAAGUACAAGUGUUCCACAGCCUCGGUUCCUACUGCGGAGGAGGCGGUUCUAACAGUAGUCGUGCCAAUGGCGGGGCCUCCGGAGAUUAUAGGAGCGGAGCUCCCUCUAACGGCAGGACACCAGCUCGUGCUGCGGUGCCGGUCCCGGGGUGGCCACCCCCCGCCCCGCCUGGUCUGGUACAACGGCACCCGGGAGUUCGGCUCGACUAAAGCCGCCGAGGACACGGAAGACGGUCAGCAGUCACUGGAGCUGUUCUCUCCGCGCGUGUCCAAGUGGGACAACGGCGCUAACUUCACCUGCAUCGCUGAUCAGGGCUUCCCGCAUCUGGUCAAACCUACGGGGACGUCACGGAUACUGAGAGUCAACUACCCGCCCAUCGUGUCGGUGCCGUCCCCCUCCGUGCACGUGCGUGAGGGCCAGACCGUCAACCUGACCUGUUACGUGGACGCCAACCCCAGGGCCACCGUCAAGUGGCGGAGGCUCGGGGACAUCCUGCCGCCCAAGAGUCGCCAGAUAGAGAAGACUCUGAACCUGCAGCAGGUGUCCAGACAGGACCGCGGAGUGUACCAGUGUGAGGCUAAGAACAGGAUCCUUCCCGACGGACUCGGAACGGUCACUCUGGAGGUCUUCUACCCGCCGUCCAUCACAAACACGUUAGACUCAAAGGUGACGGUCCUGCACACCAAGAACGACUUCUCCCUCGGGUGUCUGGCGGAGGGCAACCCGAAGCCUCACGUCCGCUGGCGGCGGAAGGGGACGAGCCUGUACUGGGACAACCCUCUGCGGUUCCACCGGGUGCGCUACGACGUGGAGGGGACGUACGAGUGUGUGGCCACCAGCGACGGAUUCCCACAGGCUACCAGUGAUGUAUUCUUGGACGUCGUAGGCAAACCUCAGAUUAAGGACGGCCCGUCCCUGCUGUCCAUCGCUGACGGAGACACCGCCAGAUUCUUCUGUGACGUCAUGGCGGACCCCACCCCUGGUGACGUCACGUGGAUCUGGCGGAAGACGAACGGCGUAGAGAACGUCAUGGUGACGACGUAUAACGGCAUCACCAUCAGUAAGAAACAGACCAACGAGGGGACGUCCUCCGUGCUGACUAUAGACCACGCCACCACGGACGACGAAGGGGUUUAUAUCUGUAAAGCAUCCAACAUGUUUGGCAAGGACCAGAGAGAAGUUAGACUCAUGGUUAAAGGAACGCAGACGUCCAUCGCCAUCAUCAUCUCGGUCUCCAUGGUGAUGGUGGUGCUGGCUGUGGUGUCUGUUGUCGUGCUGUUCAUCGCCAAGCGGAAGGAGUGGAUAUGCCGGCGGAAGAGACACGAGACGCCUAGCCUGACUCCGUCCAAGCCCGUGCCGCCCCUGCCGAAAUACGCCCGGAAACCCGGCCACGGCACGAACGACUCCGGGGUGGAGGACCUGGAGCUACAGGAGCUGGACGGCACGCUGAAGCCACGCCCACCGCCCAGGAUGGGGAAAGACUGGACUGCUAUUGGCCUGUCCUAUCCACGCCUGGCGCACUCCCACUCCAACACCCUGCCGCCGUACUCCACCGUGGAGCGGCACCGGCCGGAGGGAGAGGACAUCCGGGAGGAGGACAGCAGCCGGGAGGGCUCCACCGACGGGACCACCGUCAUGGUUCAGAUGGAGCAGCCCCCGCCGCCUCCCAGGGACAAGAAGAGACGGUGGAACAGACGGGCGGGAGACAGGGCCCACCGCAACCAACACGAGGCCGAGAACGUGCUGAACGAGACACAGGCCGAGAGUUUGUAAACGGAGGACAACAUCACAACUACCGCAUCCAGAACCGU